AUGGUGGACAGCAAAGGCGUGCUGCAUACCGGGCGUACUGACCUGAAUGCCUUCAAACUUCAGUAUGCUGUGGAUACAGAUCGCCACACCCUAGCAGAUGCUUGCCGAGAUGCGGAUGUCUUCAUCGGCCUGUCUGGCCCAAAUGUAAUGACCGUUAACAUGCUCAACAGCAUGGCUGCUAAUCCAAUCGUAUUUGCCCUUUCUAACCCUGACCCAGAAAUUGCUCCAGCCGUGGCGUUGGCUGCCCGUGAUGACCUGCUGAUGGCUACCGGACGCAGUGACUACCCUAACCAAAUCAACAAUGUACUGGGUUUCCCGUUCCUGUUCCGGGGAGCACUGGAUGUACGUGCUCGCUGCAUUAACAACGAGAUGUUGAAAGCGGCUGUUUAUGCGCUGGCAGAACUAGCACGUGAACCCGUACCGACAGAAGUGUUGACAGCCUAUAACAUUGACAGUCUGACAUUCGGCAAGCAUUACAUUAUCCCGACACCGUUUGACCCACGGUUGCGUGAACGUGUACCCCUUGCUGUCUCCAAAGCGGCAAUAGCCUCAGGGGUUGCUCGUCUACCACUGCCCUUAUAA